UUUUGUUAAUUUAUAAAAAGGAAAAAAGAAAAUUGGGUUUUGUAUUUCCGCCUUCUCAGUUCCAGGUCCCAGAGGGAGAGAGCCCUGCGCUGAAAUUCAUUUCGCAAACUUUCUCGGGAACCAAACAAACGAAGCUGGACGAACGAACCUCCUCACCGCAAAGUCAAUUAGGUGUUUGACAAAUGGUGAAUGAGAAAUGAGGGUUUAUGAGAUGGUUUCCAGAUAGCGAUACCGUAUUUUAUUUAUCAGAGGUUGUGUUAAUUGGGGUGGAGAGUUAUGGAUCUGUCGUAUAGUCUUGGGCAGUCAAAUGUCUUAUGCUAUGGUGAAGGAAGUUAUAAAACGUUUGGCGGUUCUGAUUCACGCAUCUUGUUAAGAAAUAGAUAUCUCAGUAGUAACUUUCUGGGUAAUUCCAGGACAGCUUUGAGAACGAGCAGUGCUAAGAAGAUUAAGAAAACUAUCUGUUUCAGUGGUUGUCAGAAAUCUGAUUCUCAAGGAUGGAGUUUAAAUCCUAGAAUAUCAUUGUUUGGUGGUUUUUGUAAUGUGCAAAAAGGGUCGAGAAGAGUUUGGUUUCGGUGUCAGAAUAAUGAUUCUUUAGCAUACUUGAACGGUAAUGGGCCAAAUCCCGAAUUCUUGGAAAGUAGUGGUGAGAGCUCAGGGAUGGGGUCUGAUGAUGGUGCCGAGUUAAGUGCUUCUAGUGAAGAAGGGAAAGAUCAAGAAGUAUCAGAGACACCUAGUUUGGAUGAAUUGAGGGAACUGUUGCAUAAAGCUAUGAAAGAUUUGGAAGUUGCACGGCUCAACAGUACAAUGUUUGAGGAAAAAGCUCAGAAAAUAGCAGAAGCUGCGAUAGCCCUGCAGGAUGAGGCUGCAAAUGCUUGGAAUGAUGUUAAUUCUACUCUUGAUAACAUUAAGCUGAUUGUGAAUGAAGAGGCUGUAGCAAAAGAAGCUGUCCAGAAAGCAACAAUGGCUCUUUCACUAGCAGAGGCUAGGCUUCAGGUUGUGGUAGAAUCUUUAGAGGCUGCAGAAGAUGGGACUGAAUCUCCAGAAAGUUCAGAAGCCAGUGGUCUUGAAGGUGAUGUUAUAGAAGAUGAAAAAAAGGUUGCUCAGGAAGACAUUAAGGAAUGCCAGUUGAAUUUGGAAAAUUGUGAGGCAGAGCUGAGGCGAUUGCAAAGUAAAAGGGAGGAGUUGCAAAAAGAAGUGGAUAGGUUAAAUGAGGUUGCAGAGAAAACACAGCUGAAUGCCUUAAAAGCAGAAGAAGAUGUAGCGAACAUAAUGCUUUUGGCUGAGCAAGCUGUUGCAUUUGAGCUCGAGGCUACACAACGGGUGAAUGAUGCUGAAAUUGCAUUGCAAAAGGCACAGAAGUCUUUCUCCACCGACUUUCAUGUUGAUCAUACAGAAACUGAGCUGUUGUUUAGUGAUGAUGAUACUGCUUUUGAACAGCAGGAAAAAGCGGUUCAAGGAAAUUCUGAAGAUAUUACAGUUGAAUGGGACAAAGAUGUUCCAUUCGAUGGUGCUUUGGUUGCCAAGCCUUUAUCAGAUACCCUAUCUGAGAAAACAAGCCAGAGUUUUGUAGACACGGAUCAAGCUGAAUAUUUGAGUGAUCAUGAUAAUGGAAAAAUCAGUUUAGAUUCUCUAAAAGAAGCUGAAGCAGAGGUGGAAAAGUCUAAAACUGUCCAGUCUAAAAAGCAGGAAACUCAAAAGGAUCUGACAAGGGAGACCUCACCCUUGAAUGCUCCCAAAGCAUCAUUGAAUAAAUCUUCUCGCUUCUUUUCUGCAUCAUUCUUCUCUUUUACUGUUGAUGGAGCUGAGCUCACACCAACAUCAGUAUUUUAUGGUGUUAUGGAGUCUGUGAAGAAGCAAUGGCCCAAGCUCAUUUUUGGGCUCGUUCUAUUUGGAGCAGGGGUCACUUUUUAUUCCAAUCGAGCAGAAAGGGGUACACAGCUACUACAACAGCCAGAUGUCAUCACCUCCAGCAUUGAAGAAGUGUCAUUAAGUGCAAAGCCCAUAGUUCGACAACUACAGAGGCUUCCUAAAAGAAUUAAAAAAUUAAUUGAGAUGCUCCCUCAUCAAGAGGUCAAUGAGGAGGAGGCUUCCCUUUUUGACAUGUUAUGGCUAUUGCUAGCAAGUGUAGUUUUUGUGCCUAUAUUUCAGAAAAUUCCUGGAGGCAGUCCUGUUCUUGGGUAUUUAGCUGCUGGCAUCUUGAUUGGGCCUUAUGGCCUUUCCAUAAUACGUCAUGUGCAUGGGACAAAAGCAAUCGCAGAAUUUGGAGUUGUUUUUCUUCUGUUCAAUAUUGGGCUUGAGCUCUCUGUUGAAAGAUUGAGUUCCAUGAAGAAAUAUGUUUUUGGAUUAGGCUCUGCCCAGGUUUUGGUGACGGCAGUGGCGGUUGGCUUGUUUAUUCAUUAUGUUUGUGGACAAGCUGGUCCUGCUGCAAUUGUCAUUGGAAAUGGCUUGGCUUUAUCAUCCACUGCAGUUGUCUUGCAGGUACUGCAAGAACGUGGGGAGAGCACAUCACGCCAUGGCCGGGCUACUUUCUCUGUCUUACUCUUUCAGGAUUUAGCUGUCGUGGUUCUUCUUAUACUUAUACCACUUAUUUCACCAAAUUCAUCCAAAGGAGGGGUUGGUUUUCAAGCCAUUGCUGAAGCUCUUGGACUUGCUGCUGUAAAAGCUGUUGUUGCCAUCAGUGCCAUUAUAGCUGGUGGACGCUUAUUGCUUCGACCAAUUUAUAGGCAAAUUGCUGAAAAUCAAAAUGCAGAGAUCUUCUCUGCCAACACAUUGCUUGUUAUUCUGGGAACUAGUCUCCUUACUGCCAGGGCUGGACUUUCGAUGGCGCUGGGAGCAUUUUUGGCUGGUUUGCUCCUUGCCGAGACCGAGUUUUCCUUGCAGGUUGAAUCAGAUAUUGCUCCAUAUCGUGGCCUUUUGUUGGGUCUCUUUUUCAUGACGGUUGGAAUGUCCAUUGAUCCAAAACUUCUUGUUUCAAACUUCCCUGUCAUUGUUGGAUCAUUGGCUCUUUUAAUUGGUGGCAAGACCUUAUUGGUUGCUUUAGUUGGUAAACUAUUUGGCGUUUCGAUCAUAUCAGCAAUAAGAGUUGGUCUUCUUCUUGCACCUGGUGGAGAGUUUGCAUUUGUUGCUUUUGGUGAAGCUGUUAAUCAGGGUAUAAUGUCUUCACAAUUUUCUUCAUUACUUUUCCUUGUGGUGGGUAUUUCAAUGGCCCUCACACCAUGGCUUGCUGCUGGAGGCCAGUUAAUUGCAUCUCGUUUUGAGCAGCAUGAUGUUCGAAGUUUAUUGCCUGUUGAGAGUGAGACGGAUGAUUUGCAAGAUCAUAUAAUUAUUUGUGGAUUUGGACGAGUUGGCCAGAUAAUUGCUCAGCUUCUUUCAGAGCGAUUAAUUCCAUUUGUAGCUCUUGAUGUGAGGAGUGAUCGGGUGGCAGUUGGCCGUGCCUUAGACCUUCCUGUUUACUUUGGAGAUGCAGGCAGCAGAGAGGUGCUCCAUAAAGUUGGUGCUGAAAGAGCAUGUGCUGCAGCUAUAACAUUGGAUACACCUGGUGCAAACUAUAGAACUGUUUGGGCUCUGAGCAAGUAUUUUCCCAAUGUGAAAACUUUUGUCCGUGCUCAUGAUGUUGAUCACGGCCUUAAUUUGGAAAAGGCUGGUGCCACAGCGGUUGUCCCAGAGACCUUGGAACCUAGUCUACAGUUGGCAGCUGCUGUUCUGGCCCAGGCUAAACUACCAAUGUCUGAGAUUGCAGCAACCAUAAAUGAAUUUCGUUCUCGCCACUUGGCCGAGCUAGCUGAGCUGUGUCAAACCAGUGGAAGUUCGCUUGGCUAUGGAUUCUCCCGGGUCAUAAGUAAAACCCCCAAAGCUCCACCACCUUCAGAAUCCCCAGAUGAAAACCACGUUGCUGAUGGAACACUGGCAAUAUAAACACGCCCAACAAAAACAAUAGCAAUAAAAAUUGGCCAAGGCAAAGCAAAAUCAAGAACUGUAUAGCAGCAGAUUGACAUAUUCCAUUGGUACAAAAUGUACAGGAACAUAGUGAAGAUGAAAAAAAAAAAAAAAGAGUUCAGCAAACAUUUGACUGAAAACAUUUUUGCUUAUUUUAUUUAAUAGAUUUUGACCUUCAUAAACAUGUAAUUUUUUUGUGUAAACAGAAGUCCCUAUCUGUUUUGUUUGGGGCUCUGAUUUCAGAAUGUUAGAAAAAGACCUAAAGGUCUCAGUUUAUUUCUUAAUUUCUAUGGCA